AGCGAUGGCAUACCACAGAGAGCACUGUCUACCACUCUAGCUUUCAAACACAGGUACGUAAAUCGCGGGCGGAAGUCGGUCCAAAGAUAAAAGCCCUAAUGUCGCUGGUCGUGUUUCUGGGGUGUUGGACGUGUCUCAGAGUGUAAUUUUUUUAGUGAAUCCUCCGGCGUCAAUAUGAUAAUCUGAGGAAGGGAGGAUGAAGGUCCGGUGGACGAGCUGAGGAGGGGUUAUGUACAAGCUUUGCAUUGAAGGGGUCAAGAACUCCCACGAACUGAAUACCGUGUCAUGCUCGGAAUUUGAGAUUAAUAAAUCGGGUCACAGUUUGUGCUCACCGUCGUACGUUUCGUUGACCAUCCUCACGAUGCGGCCUGCUUGUCUAGCAACGAGCCUUGCUCGCUUUUUGUCGCGAGCUCAGCGUAGAACUCUGCACCAGACGAGGGUUCGGCAUGCCAUUACCAACCUGAAGAUGCCAGCCAUGUCGCCGACUAUGACAGAAGGUGGAGUUUCCUCGUGGAAGAAGAGGGAAGGCGAGUCAUUCUCGGCAGGAGACGUCCUACUAGAAAUUGAAACGGACAAGGCAACUAUUGACGUCGAGGCACAGGAUGAUGGCAUCUUGGGCAAAAUUAUCGCCCAAGACGGUAGCAAGAACGUCCAGGUUGGCAAAGUCAUUGCCCUCCUCGCUGAGGAAGGAGAUGACAUUUCGAACCUUGAGGCACCCAAGGAGGAGUCCAAGCCAGCACCUUCUCCACAACCCGAGGCUCAGGCAGCUCAACCCCCGGCACCGGCACCUCAACCUACGGCUUUCAAACCGUCGCACCAUCCGAAGCACUCCAAGCAUUUACUGCCAUCGGUGAUACGUCUCCUGAUCGAAGGCAACGUUGUUGAUGCAGAAGCUAUUCCGGGCACGGGUGUUCGCGGCAUGCUUACCAAGGGCGAUGUACUUGCAUACCUUGGGAGAGCGUCGAGUCCAAUGGGAACAUUCAAGGAAGCGAAGAACGAGGUUUUAGGGCCAAAAAGGGUCGAGGAAGUUAAGCCAUUGGAUGGUGCUGUCAUCCGCCAACUUAUCGUCUCUGGCCUAGCCGCCAAAACGAAGCUUGCACCUGCACCGGCAACAUUCGACGCCAUUAUCGCCGACUACCUUCCUCCUUCGCCCUCUUCACCGAAGGCUGCGCCAAUACCCAUAUCAUCAACCAAAGUACAAGACAGCUCUGCCAAGUACUUCGAUGGGUUACUCUAAAUGUUAUAUUGCCACCCUUGUUGCAUAGACGUUACUUAGACUUCUGGGCUAUUGAUACUCAUUUCAGAACACCGAUGAGUACACGCGAAAUUUACCACAGGUCAUGUUACCUGUCUAUGUGAGAUACUUGAAGCACUGCUCUCCACAAGUCCAGUGGA